AUGGCCAUCGCCCUUCUUUUAGUUGGAGUUCGUAUCAUCAACCUGUCUCGAGACUUCAGCAUGCUUUGGGGAUGGGAUGACCUUGUGGUCGCUGUUGCUACUCAAGGCAUCACUGUUGACGUCCUUCUAGCGCGAUCUUACGGCUAUGGCCGCGAUACAUGGCGACUACCAUUCGACCACACAAAGACUGUGGAAAUGUUGUUCUACAUCGGUGGAGUCCUCUAUGCAGUCGGUGUUGCUGCUACCAAGGUCGCUUUCUUGCUGUUCUACAUCAGGCUCUUCCCUUCCCCAGCACUUCGCCGCGUCGCUCUCCCACUACUUGCGAUCACAUUGAUACAUGGUCUCAUAUUCACUUUUCUGUUCAUCUUCCAGUGUAGCCCGGUAUCUUAUGCCUGGACACAGUGGGACGGAACAGGAAAAGGAAAAUGUCUCAACUUCGAUGUCGGCGCUGUUCUGCAUGCCAUAACAAAUAUCAUACUGGACUUCCUGAUCUUCGCCUUACCUAUCAGCCAACUUUGGAAGCUGAAUCUCUCUCAGAAGAAGAAAAUCCAAGUGUUAUUCAUGUUUGGCGUUGGGUUCUUUGUCACCCUUGUGAGCAUCCUGCGUCUUUGGAGUUUGAUCAGCUUGAACAACACCUGGAAUCCGACGUGGGACUUCGUGCCGCUCGGAUACUUCUCGGACUUGGAAUUCAAUGUUGGCAUUGCUUGCAUUUGCAUGCCGUCUGUCCGUGUCGUGUUGAGGCAUUACUUCCCAGGAUGUGGUCUGUCAACCACCAAUCGCGACCGAACAGCGUCUGAUCAUGACGUUCAAGCCCGACGAGUCAAUCUGACGGAUACAAGUAACGGCAGAAAACUGAAAUCAUUCGUCUCAUCGAGAGGUGCUGUAAGAGAUGAUUCGUCCGAUCAAGUCGAACUAUUCCAGUACAACCCUACUGUUGCCACGAGCGAAGUGAACGAUUCUCAUGACCAUGGAACUCGUUCUGGGGCAUCCAAACCACUACCCCAGCCCAAGAGAGCCCACAUUGCAGAUGCAGUCAAACACACAGCAUGGAGCAGUGAAGGAAAGUGA